AUGAAUGGCGGAACACCGUAUACGGGGAUUCGCGUGGAUGGCACUGACAGCGGGGAAACCUGCACCAACAAGUCCCUGACAACCACCCCGGACACAGAGCCAUCCGGCGGGACUAUCCGCACGUCCUGCUUGAUAGACGGAGGAGGUAGGACAGGUGUGUUUAGGCAGGAGGUGCGGAUAGUCCCGCCGGAUGGCUGUGUGUACAGGGUGGUUGUCCGGGACUUGUUGGUGCAGGUUUCCCCGCUGUCAGUGCCAUCCAUGCAGAUCCCCGUAUCCGGUGUUCCGCCAUUCAUCCCGAACAUCCAGCUGGAAAACAAGCUCCGUAGGUUUGGCAAACUGGCAAGCGGCUUCCGAUCAAUCAAUUUGGGAUGUAAAGAUGAUAAACUGAAGCAUGUCCAGUCUCUGAGGCGGCAGACUUUUCUUUAUUUCACCUUUUUUCUGGGCCUCUCCACCGGAACCGGGUCGCUCCUCAUCGGUCUCCUCACCGUCAGACUCACCUUGUCUGCUGGUGCUGGGUCGCUCCUCACCCAGCACCGGCUGCUCCUCCUGGCACGCUCUACUGGUGCUGGGUCGCUCAUCACCCAGCACCUCAAUACUUUUCUUUUUCUAACCUUUUUUCUGGGCCUCUCCACCGGAACCGGGUCGCUCCUCAUCGGUCUCCUCACCGUCAGACUCACCUUGUCUGCUGGUGCUGGGUCGCUCCUCACCCAGCACCGGCUGCUCCUCCUGGCACGCUCUACUGGUACAACAUUGUACUUUUUGGUGCAAUGGACGGCUACUCCAGAAAGCAUCAUUGCAGAGAAGGAGGCCUCACAUAAAUAUGUGGAUGCAAAGGGUAGCAGCUGCUCCAAAGCUUUCUGUCCCAGCUCAGGGUGCUCCUGCCUCACACACACCCAAAACUGUGUGAGCGUGGAUGCACCAAACUUCAUCUGCAGGCCACGUGCAAUACGGUGA